AUGCUUUUACAGAACCAAAAUGCUACUCACACUUCUUCAUCCAAUCGGGACCAUACCCAUGAUGCGAACUCCUAUCUUGAAGUCCACACUACAAAUCAUCAACCAUUUCCAACACGACGAAUGAAUUUCGAUCUUCCCCGAUUUGAUAGUUCUGAUGCGCUUGGAUGGAUAUUUAACGUAGAUCAAUAUUUCUCGUUUUAUCAGAUCCCAGACGAGCAACAAAUUGCCAUUGCAGGAAUGCACAUGUCCGGCCCAGCAAUUCCUUGGUUCCAGAUGCAACAACGCACAAUGCCUUUUCGUUCAUGGAACGAGAUGAAACAUGCCAUCGAGAUCGAGUUCGGACCCACCUUGUUUGAAUCCCCACGCGAGUCUCUUUUCAAACUCCAACAGCAUGGUACUGUUUUAGAAUACUACACUGAAUUCAUUACCUUAGCCAAUCGCACCAACAUUGAACCAGCUGAGGCUUUGCGCGACUGUUUCAUUAGUGGAUUACGCAUGGACAUUAGAAGAGAAGUCAAGGCUCAAUGCCCAACUUCAUUGAUGUGUGUUGUUAGUCUCGCCAAACUUUAUGAAGAUAAAUUUUCUUCUUCAUUCAAAACCACUCCAGGACCCAAUCCAUAUCGUCCACCGAAUUACAAAACCGCUUCCAAUCCUCCACUCAAACAACCCCUAAGAACUUCACUACCACCAUUACUUCCCACACCCCCUCAUACAACCCAAAAUCAACACACCGCCACUCCAAUCAAGAGACUCACUCCAGCGGAACAACAACUCAAGAGGGACAAGGGACUAUGCUAUUGGUGCGACGAAAAAUUUACCCCCCACCACAAGUGCCCUAACAAACAUUUCAUGUUAUAUCAAUUAGAAGAAGUUCUUGAGCAGCCAAUGCUACAUCAUGAACAACCGGACCGAGAAGAACAAGACCAGCAGCAGCUGCAACAACUGGAAAACCAGGUGCUAGAACAUCAUCUUUCGUUGAAUGCGAUGAAGGGAACACCCGGAUCGGAUACUUUUCGAUUAAAAGCUUUUGUGCAUGGUAUGGAGGUACAAGUGCUGAUUGAUGGUGGAAGCUCCGAUAGCUUUAUUCAACCGAGAGUUGCAAAGUUUUUGAAGUUGCCAGUGCAUCCAGCCCCUGGAUUCCAGGUCAUGGUGGGAAAUUUUGAUGUAAUGCAAGUUGAAGGUCGUCUUCCGUCUUUGGAAGUUUCAAUACAAGGACAUUCGAUCAAUAUUCCAGAUGUUUAUGUUCUCCAUGUGGCAGGAGGAGAUCUCGUUUUGGGAGCCACUUGGUUGAAAACCCUUAAAGCUCACAUUGUAGAUUAUGACGCCUUAUUCAUUAAAUUUCUCCAUGAAGGGAAAUUUAUCACUAUCAAAGGAGAGGAAACCGCGACUCCAAGACACGCUCAAUUCAAUCAUAUGAAACGACUUAUUAAUAUUGAUGUCGUUGCGGCAGUUUUCACCCUACAGCUUGCCAAGGAUGAAUGCCCUGAACCGCCCAACUUGGAGCUGCCUCCAAAUCUGCCAUCGGAUUUGGUAUUAUUAUUACAGAAUUAUGCACAGGUUUUUCAAAUGCCUUCGGGUCUACCACCUACAAGAGACCAUGAUCAUUCCAUUCCACUGCUGGAAGGAGUUCAGCCAGUAAAGAUCAAGCCUUACCGCUACCCACAUAGUCAGAAAGCGCAAAUUGAAUCCAUGAUACAACAAAUGUUAGAUGAUGGUAUCAUCCAACCUAGUAAGAGCCCUUUCUCCUCCCCAAUAUUAUUAGUUAAAAAGAAGGACGAUACGUGGAGAUUUUGCACGGAUUACAGAGCACUAAAUGCUUUGACUGUGAAGGACUGUUUUCCAAUACCUACUGUUGAUGAAUUACUCGAUGAGUUACAUGGCUCUCAAUAUUUUUCAAAAUUGGAUUUACGAUCCGGCUAUCACCAAAUUCUGGUAAAACCCGACGAUAGGCACAAGACAGCAUUCCGAACUCAUCAAGGGCACUAUGAGUGGUUGGUCAUGCCCUUUGGGUUAACAAAUGCUCCAGCUACAUUCCAAUGCUUAAUGAAUAACAUCUUUCAGCCUUUCUUGAGGAAAUUCGUUUUGGUGUUUUUUGAUGACAUUUUAGUUUUCAGUGCUUCUUGGAAGACCCAUUUGUAUCACUUGGAAGUGGUGUUAAAAGUUCUACAAAGAGAACACCUCUAUGCAAAACUUUCCAAAUGUACAUUUGGAACUCAACAAAUCAACUAUUUGGGUCACACCAUUGAGGGAAACAAUGUUCACAUGGAUAAAGACAAGGUGCAGGCAGUGUUGGAAUGGCCACAACCACGGAACAUCAAGCAAUUACGGGGAUUUUUAGGUCUUACCGGAUACUAUAGAAGAUUCAUUAAGGGGUAUGCUUCCCUUGCAUCUCCACUGACUGAGUUACUUAAAAAGAAUGCUUUCCAAUGGAAUCAAAACGCUACUGAAGCUUUCCUAUCCUUGAAACAAGCCAUUACUUCAUAA